AUGUCACAAAAAUCAGUUAAAGGGCGGGUGAUCGCCGAUAUGUUAGCAGACUGUCCUAAAGAAGUACGCGAGGAUAAUCCCUUGGACGAUCGAAUUUCCGUGGUAGAAGAAAACACAUGGACUAUGUUCUUCGACGGAACUGUAAAUUUGUCAGGCUCCUGCACUAGGGCAGUCUUGAUAUCCCCAAAUGGACAACAUUAUCCUGUGGCCACAAAAUUGAUGUUUCCAUGCACCAACAAUAUAGCCGAGUAUGAAGCAUGCAUCAUCGGCCUGCAAGCGGCUAUUGAAAUGGGAGUGACAAAGCUAAGGGUGUUCGGUGAUUCUACCUUAAUAAUCCUCCAAACGUUGGGCGAAUGGAAGACAAAAGACACCAAACUUGUGCCUUAUCAUGGUUACUUAGAAAAGUUGGAGGGAAAAUUCCAAGACAUCUCGUUUGAAUACCUACCUAGAAUUCAUAAUCAGUUUGUUGAUGUACUAGCAACGCUAUCAUCUAUGUUGCAAGCAACGAAAGGGUUAGAAGUAGAGCCUUUAAAAAUUGAAGUCCUAGCAAGACAGGCCUACUGCAUGGCCAUAAUUGAAGAACCUGAUGGGAAGCCCUAG